AUGGCCUUGUGGUGGCGGCGCUGCUGCUUCUCCCGGGCGCCCGCGUUCGGCUCCCUCCGGAGCCUGCUGGAGGCCGUAGGGCCGCGACUCGGCUCCGGGUCCCGGGCGGGCCGGGCCGUGGGGGGAGCCGAGAUGCAUUAUUUUCUGGGGAGAAGUUCAGUUUUGUCAUUUCCAAAAAUUCGUAGUAUAUUUUUGCGGUUUCAUCAUACAACAACCUCACGAACAUGUAGCUGUAGUAAAACAGUUACUGAUGAAAAAUUCAAGGACCCUUUUAAACUUGGUCGGAAAGACUUGAAGAAUCUAUGUGAAGAUAUUAAAAAGGAAUUACUUGUAUCUACAGCAGAACUUAGGGAAAUGUGUGAAUAUUACUUUGAUGGAAAAGGGAAAGCCUUUCGACCAAUGAUUGUGGUGCUAAUGGCAAGAGCGUGCAAUAUUCACCAUAAUAACUCCGGGGAGGUGCAAGCAAGCCAACGCUCUGUGGCCAUAAUUGCAGAGAUGAUCCAUACUGCUAGUCUAGUUCAUGAUGAUGUCAUUGAUGAUGCAAAUUCUCGGAGAGGAAAAAUGACUGUUAAUCAAAUCUGGGGGGAGAGAAAGGCUGUUUUAGCUGGUGAUUUUAUCCUUUCAGCAGCUUCUGUUGCUUUAGCAAGAAUUGGAAACACUACUAUUAUAUCGGUAUUAAGCCAGGUGAUAGAAGAUUUGGUGCGUGGUGAAUUCCUUCAGUUGGGCUCCAAAGAAAAUGAAAAUGAGAGAUUUGCUCACUACCUCGAGAAGACCUUUAAGAAGACUGCAAGUCUUAUCGCAAACAGUUGUAAAGCAGUUUCCAUACUAGGCUGCCCUGAUCCAAAAGUUCAUGAGAUUGCAUACCAGUAUGGAAAAAAUGUUGGCAUAGCUUUUCAGCUAAUAGAUGAUGUGCUAGAUUUUACAUCAUGUGCUGACCAGUUGGGGAAACCAGCAUCAGCGGAUCUCAAACUUGGAUUAGCCACAGGCCCUGUUUUAUUUGCUUGCCAACAGUUUCCAGAAAUGAAUGCCAUGAUCAUGAGGAGAUUCAGUUUGGCAGGUGAUGUUGAACGUGCUCGGCAAUAUGUAUUUCAGAGUGAUGGUGUACAGCAAACAACCUACCUCGCCCAACACUACUGCCAUGAAGCAAUGAAAGAGAUUAGUAAACUGCGACCAUCCCCUGAACGAGAUGCCCUCAUUCAGCUCACAGAAACUGUACUCACCCGAGACAAGUGA